AACCCUCACGCGGCUCACAGGUGACUCCUAAUGGCCCGAACGGUUCAGUAAGAUAAGGCUCACCGGUGAGCAACGUGGCCUGAAUGAAAAUAUCGAUUUUUUUCAUGUGGCGUUCAACGUGUUAAGUGAGUUUAAAUUAAGUUUUCGGGACACAUUUACAUUUGACCUGGUUUUAUAGACUAUGACCCCUUCGCCCAUUAAAGUGGAAAAUGCAACUUAUGAAAGCAGUUUGAAGCGCCAAAUUUAUUUCAAAAAUAUUAUAUAAGAUACCUACCUACCUACGUACCACACAAACUAAUCUAAUCAACUAAUACAAAUUUUAACUCUCCUUAUUGUUGUGGUGGUCUAUUUAAAUAUAAGUAUGGCUGGAGUUCAAAAAGUUUGCCUUAAUGCUUUAAAUAUUAACCAAAAAAAUGCACUCAUAUUGGGUAUCAUAAUAGCUAAAAAUAGUCCUCGUACCAUCAGUUCACGGAGAAAAAAUGGGGAAUCUAGAGCCGUUACAUCUUUCACAUUGAGAGAUUCAGAAGUCGAUACAAUCAAUAUUGAUGUGUGGGGUUCGGAAUACUUUGUGUUUACUUUCUAUGAACGUUUUCUCGUUGGUGACAUUGUAGAAAUUACUGCACCCAAGAUAUGCAUUAAAACUGGUGAGAAUGAAAAUUUCAGACCUCAGGUAUCGUCGCCAUUCUACCUUUCAAUAAACGAGGGCGCUUCAGACGUGAGUAUACAUGGGAGCGACAUGCAAAGCUCUUAUUUGCCACUCCUCCACAUACCUUCAAAGCAUUCAUCUGCAUACUAUGGGCUCGCCGAAGUACUCAAGCUUCCAGAAGAAGCCAAUAAUGUUUACGUAGAUCUCCUCGUUGUAGUAAAGAGUGUGAUGUCCGCCAAGAAGAUUAAAACUAAAACGGGUACGGAAAUGUCCAUUCGUUCAAUUGAAGUUAUAGAUAACACGACACCUGCUGCUGUCACCUUGGACAUGUUUGAUGCGGAUACCAUUCAAAGAGCUGAAGAUUGGCGGCCGCUGGAGAGCGUGCUUUUCAUAGCCGACGCCAGGGUGUCUUGGCGUGGGAAGGCCGUGAAAGCGCAAAUAUGUGCUCGAAGCGUAAUAACGCAUCAACCGCACACGGCCGAUGCUGAAGCUUUGCGACUUUAUAUCCAAAAUCAAGCUAGCACACGUGGGGGAGAAGCAGCGGCAUGGGCCGCCUGGAGUGGGGAGAAGGCGUGCGCCGCCUCCGUCUCUCAAGUCAAAGACAGACUGAGCACCGGUGCUCCAUUCUGUGCAGCUCUACAUGCGUUAUUAACGAAUUUGGACUUAGAAGAUAUCAAUAAAAUGAACGAAAAUACCGAUGAUUUAAAAGUACGUUUUACUGACCACACCGGUGAACUUACUGCACGUCUUCCAAUAAACGUUCUGGAAGACGCUAUAGGAUGUUCCGUAAGCAUUUUGAUAACAAGAUAUCUUUAUUUACACAAUAUUUGUUUCUACUCAUUCGCUUACAUUAUUGUAGUAGGCAGCGGCUUGGCUCUGCCCCUGGCAUUGCUGAAGUCUGUGGGCGACGGUAACCACUCACCAUCAAGUGGGCCGUAUGCUCGCCUGCCUACAAGGGCAAUAAAAUAAAAACUUAAUUUAGCUAUUGUAUUUAGUUACUGUACGAUUUUAUAAAUUGCAAGCAUGGACAUGACAAGAACACAUCUAAGCUACCGCAUACCACUGGUGCUGUCAAAUUCAUUUGAAAAGAACCAAUAUUUAUAAGGUAUUCCUCAUAAUCAUCAGAAAUCAGUCGCAAGAUGUUCACUGCUAAAUUUACGCUUCCCUCAUAAAAUUCCACCACCGUAGGCUCGGCUGUUUUAAUCGUGUUCCGAUGACAGUAUUUCAAUAAGUAGUAAAAUCAAACAACACAUUUGGAAAUUCUCCGAAAAACUAUUAAUAAAUGCACAUUUUCAAAAUGCAGGUUGUACAAGAAUUACCAAACCUCAAACAGUACUAAGUACCUAUGUGUUGGAAACAAAAUAUUUAGCUAUCGGAACAUGAUAUUAAUAUGUAUAUUCAUAUACCUAUGUACUUAGAUAAAUAUUCGGCAGUAUCGUUUUUUUAAUAUUGUCGUAUCACGACUCCUAACUACAGCACUGACUUUUUUACGUUUUUGAAUAUUGUAGGUCUAUUACAUAUUAUAUUCUA